AUGCCGUCAAGACCACCAUUUGAGUCACUGCCUCAUCGAUCUGGAGAUCCCGCGUACUCUGCUUGGGGUCUAUAUGGAGAAGAUGAUCAAAUUGGUGCUCUGAACAUGUUGACCCCAGAAAACACCUUGGCAGCCAUUCAGUCGGAGGUCAAGACUGGCAUCCGCCUGUCGUUGGAUCCACCUCUCGACGUGCUUGCAAAGCCUGGAGCAGGACGCAAAGGCCUGAAGCAGACAUUGAUCAUUCGACCAGAGGGUCCGAUACACGAUGAUGUCGUUGAGUUCAACACUCAGGUCGGUGCACAGUGGGAUGGAUUCCGACACGUAGGGUACAUGAAACAGCGGAAGUUCUAUAACAAUGCCGAUUUUGAUGCCAUCUCCGGUGCGAAUCCGGACCCGUCACUGAUCGGGAUACACUCAUGGGUCCAGAACGGAUCAAUUGCCGGGCGAGGAGUUCUCCUAGAUUACUACUCAUACGCACGUUCCCAAGGCAACAACUACGAGCUCAUCGGUCAGAAGGCAAACUAUUCGAUUUCCGUGGCCGAGCUCAAAGCAUGUGCGGCCGCUCAAGGCACAGAACUGCGCCAAGGUGACAUCUUGCUGGUUCGGUCCGGUCUUUGGGUCGGCUACAAGGCGCUGAGCGAGGCCGAACAGAAAGCUUGGGUCGACGAACAUCCCAGCGUCUGGGUUGGUGUCGAGACUUCGAGGGAGAUGGCACAAUGGUUAUGGAGCAGCGGGAUCACUGCGUGUGCCGGUGACGCGGCGGGGUGGGAGAAAUGUCCGCCCAACACAGCGCCCAAGCAAGGCUUGGAGGGACAUAUCCUUCAUGAAAUCAUGCUGGGAGGAUGGGGGAUGCCCAUCGGCGAGUUUUUUGACCUGGAAAAGCUGGCAGAGGAAUACCACGAGGAAAUCCGGAGCCUCGGAGCACGAUAUGCCUUGGCCGUCGACAGCCGCAACAUUGAUGCGCUCGUGGGUAUGUUUUUGGAGAGCAACGAGCCUGUCAAUCUUCCUAUAUUGGAUGCAGAAGACAAGUCGAAAAACAAGAACAUAACCUCGCUGCGAGAAUUGUUCACCAAAGCAUUGAAGACCUUUGGCCCAAGUUUCCAUUUUGUUGGCCAACAUAUCAUCAAUCUUGACGGCGACCAAGCGACCGGCACGGUAUAUUGCAUCUGUACUCAUUCAGUGGACCCGAAUUCACGGUGGAUCACCAUGCAGCUGGUCUACGAAGAUGUGUAUAUUUAUCACGAGGGAAAAUGGCUGUUCAAAAAUCGAAACAUCCAUGGAUUACGUGCGUACGAGGAUUCUCCAAGUGUCGACUCCUCAGCCUUUCUCCCGUACGGACCAUCCUAUGAUAUACCGAAUUGUUGGCCAAGCUGGAAAAAGUUCUGGGGUGAUGAUGUGCCAGCCUCAAAGAAAUCAUCGGCCCCAAGUGAGAGAGCAUGA